ACUGUCAGUCUCGUUCUAAUACUUCUAAUGGGAACUUUGAUAUUUGAAUUCUUAAUUUCAAAUUUAAUUUCAAUAUUAUAAUAUUAAUGUGCACAUCGAUGUUAAAACAUGUUUGUUAUGAACUAAGAAAAAUGGAUGUGUAUAGAACGACGAAAUUACCAAGACAGUAAUAAUUUAACGGAACUGAUAAUCAGAACUCACUAAACAUGGGUGUUCAUGGUCUCUGGAGACUCAUUGAACCUUCUGGUAAACCAGUACCACUCGAAACAUUAGAAAAUAAGGUACUAGCAGUUGAUGUAUCCAUUUGGUUGCAUCAAGCAAUCAAGGGAUUUCAGGACUCCAAAGGGGCCCCAAUACCAAAUGCACACCUACUCGGGAUAUAUCAUAGAGUGUGCAAAUUAUUGUACUUCAAAAUAAAGCCGGUUUUUGUUUUUGAUGGAGGAGUGCCAGUUCUCAAAAGACAAACCAUAGCUAAACGAAAUCAACAGAAAUCAAGAAAUACUUCAGAAGCUGAUAGGUUACAAAAACAACUUCUAAACACACUCAUGAAACAUACAGCAAUAAGCAAAGUGUUAUCGGAAAAAACGAAAGCUUCUCUAACAACCGAAACAAAGACGAACACAGACACUCUUUAUGCGUUACCCCCCUCAGAAUUAGAUUCAACAAUAUCAUCUGAUGAUGAAGUCGAAGAAUCCACAUCAGGUUCCACAGACUCAAGUCCAACGAAAAAGUGGGAUCUUCAUACCAUCGACAUGAAUAGUGUCCAUUUCAAAUCGUUACCAGUAGAUGUAAGGCACGAAAUACUGACUGAACUGAAAGAUACCAGAAAACAAAAUUCUUGGGGAAGACUUCAUGAACUACCAAAACAAAGUGAUGACUUUUCCUCUUACCAAAUGAGUAGAUUACUCAAAAGACAAGCGGUCCAAGCAGCAUUAGAUGAGGCAGCACAAGAAAUGGGAGGCAUGUCAUUGUCUAUAGCAGAACUAGAAUCAAUCCUCAAAGACCGAGGCAUACAAACAACAACUGAUAAUAUCGGAAAGAGGAUAGCUUCAGAUGAAAAUACUCGAUAUCUAUUUAUCAAAGAUGUUAAGCAAGCUAUGGAAAAGGCUAGGCAAGAACAACUUGCCGAGGAUUCCAAGCAGACAGAGUUAGCCUCGGAUACAAACAGCAUAACAGAAAAUAUGAAAGUUGGACUUGAAGAAGAUGAUCAACUUCAACAAGCCAUUGAGCUGUCUUUGCAAGAAUCUACAACAAAUAAUGAAAUGGUAGAUAUCAGAAAAGAAAUAAAUAAGACUAAAGCAGAUAUCGAAGAAGAGACACAACUUGAACAAGCAAUAGCAUUAUCCUUGCAAGAAACUCCAUCUACCUCAGGGGUAAACAAAGGAGAAAUGGUAUUUUCUUACUCGGAACAUUCUAGUGAUGUAGAUCUUGAUUCAGGUUCAGAUGAAGAUGGUGAUUAUUUAACUACAAAGAAGUCAUUAUCAUCAGCUCAGAGUUAUAUGAUGGAAUAUAGUGGUUUAACACCAAGUGAAAUAUCAAAAAUUAUUGAAGGGAAUGGAAAGAAAAUCACGAGAAAAAAUACAAUGGAAAAGUCACUGAAGCCAGUGUACGAGAAAAAUAUUGUUAUUGAUUCAUCAUCUAAUGAAAUGAACGAUGAAUCUGAGGAAAAGAUGAAAAAACGAGUAUUUCAACUAGAAAAAAAUGAGAAUAAUGCAGAAGCAGUUGCCGUCAGUGAAAAUAAUGAAUUACAAGAUGAUUCAAAGAAUGAUUACAGUUCAUCACAGAAAGAUAUUGAGCCUAAAGAAGUUAUUGAAAUUGUGUCUAAUGAUGAUGAUGGAUCAUCUGACUCCAGUGAUUUUCAGGAAGUAUCCGAACUCAAAGUAGAUAAAACCCCAUUGGAAAUAGUGAUAGAUCCUAACAAAGACAUUGACGAUGAUAUUUUCAAAGACAUUUUUGCAAACGAAGUAAUUACUACUGAAACUGAGAUAGAUAAAAAUGAAAAUCAGUCAAACUUACAUGCAAAACAAAUGGAUAAAAUUGUGGAAUUACCAGAAAUAUCAAAAAUAUCUGAAGUCACUAAUGAGCAAUUGCCUAUGAAAAUGUCAUCUGAAGAUGAAUCGAAUAUUUCCAUGGCAGAUAAGGAAGAAGUGAAAAAUAUGGAGAAUGGAAGCAGAAAAGAUGAAGUAGUGGAGACCUCUAAAGUAAACUAUGAAAUUGAUGAUGGUGAAAAAAUAUCUAGGAACAUUCCUGAAAAUUCAAAGGGUCCAACACUGACCAUACAAGAAAUGACUGAAUUGAAAAAAUCCCUGCAGAAAGAGAGAACAGAUCUGUUGAUUGAAAAAUCAACAAAAGAGCGAUUAGCUAGUAAUAUUACUGAUCAAAUGUAUCAGGAAGCUCAGGAAUUGCUAGAACUUUUUGGUGUACCAUACAUCAUUGCUCCGAUGGAAGCUGAAGCUCAGUGUGCAUUUUUGGAUGAGAUCGAACUGACAGAUGGAACCAUAACCGAUGACAGUGAUGUCUGGUUAUUUGGAGGACGAACUGUGUACAAGAAUUUUUUCAAUCAGAGUAAAUAUGUGAUGGAAUUCAAGUCGGAAAACAUCAGACAUCAUUUCAAGCUGAGUCGUGAGCAAAUGAUUCUGCUUGCUUUGCUGGUAGGAAGUGACUACACAACGGGAAUACAAGGCAUUGGGCCUGUUACCGCUUUAGAAAUCCUGGCGGCAUUUCCUCCUGACAAACUCAAUGAAUUUAGUAUUUCACAAGGACAGUUGAUAUCUGGGCUGAGAGAAUUCCGAUCUUGGUUCACUAAAGGAAAAACUGGCGGUCCUAGUAGAUCCACUUUGAAAAAUAAAUUGAAGAACAUCACAUUUUCAGAUAAUUUUCCUAGUCUCCAGGUGGUCCAAGCCUAUUUAGAACCGACCGUAGAAAACAGCAAAGAGAAAUUUUCAUGGGAUAAACCAGAUGCUGUAGCAUUGGCAUUGUUUGCCAAAGAAAAAUUUGGUUGGGGCUCUAGAAAAACAGAGGAAAUUCUUAAUCCCGUCAUAAAAAGGUUAGAAGAGAAUCGAUCACAAAAGUCGAUAAGGGAAUACUUCAAAACUAAGUUUAAAGUCGACUCAGGAGAUUUGAAUGAAAAAAUGAGCAAUAGAGUGAAAACUGCCAUAGGGAGGUUUGGAAAAAGUAAAGAGGAACUAAUAACUGAAGAUAUGGAAGAACUAGAAAAAGAAAAACGCACGAUUAUCAAUAAGUCUCGUAGAACUAAUCAGGCUAGCCAACAGAGAAGAAGAAAAGAAGCAAAACACACUGAAACUGAAGAACAGAAUGAAUUUUCUCAAAGGAGUAAGAAAAAGAGAACAAGUAAACCAGAAAUAAAGAAUGCCCCAACGAAGACAAAUGAAUCAAUUGAAACACAAAUGAUUGAUGAUAAUGUGGAAACGGUAGAUAAUAAAGUUCAACAAUCCAGUGUCAAAAUGAAUAAAAAAGGGAACAAAAAGAAAAAAUAUGAUGCAAAGGAAAGUCAUAAAAAUACAGCUAUUACCCAAGAAGAUGAUGACAGUAAAACUAAUAAUUCUGAUGAAAAAGUAGAUGAUGUGGUAACUGAAUCCGUGAAUCCAGUUGAUGAGUUGAAAGAAUACGAAAAUUUGGCAACACAGUUGAGAAUGAGACGAAGAAAGAAAAAUGAAUUGAUUAAAUUAAAGCAGGAAGAAGUACCUAACAAAAAAACGAAGCUAACUGUUCCAAAGCAAUCAACAAAUUUACCGAUAGAACCGGAAAUUGAUGAAGCGAUCAAACUAUUGACAGCUACUACUUCUAGAUCUAUACAACGUGAACAAGAAAUCCAAAAAGAAAUGAAAAAAAAAGUAGAUACAGCUCUAGAACUGAGCAGGAGUGCCCCUAUGUUUCACAAAGAAGAAGUUAUUCAUCAGAGAUUGAGGAAUAGAAGUGAUUUAUUGAAAAAUAAAUUGAGAGCAAUAGAAGUAUUCCGGAAAUCUAAAAAAGGUCCAGGAUAUGUUCAGAAGCGAGGCAAAAAGCAAAUAGUGCCUAAAGAAGAUGCUGGACUCUCUGAAGAUAGUGAUUGAAACUCUUCACCUUGUUGUAUGCCGAAACAAACCUCAAAAGAUCUGUUUGCAAGGUAGACAUAUUGAUACAUCUACCAGUUCAGGUUUUUAUCCAUUGUGAUUUUUUUUAUAUAGGUAUUGCAUAUACGAUACUGAGUUACAUUCUAUAUAAACUGUUAUUUAUUUUAAUAAAAU